AUGCUACGCGCACUCACCAUCCUCGCCGUCGCAGCGCUAGCGAGCGCCCACGUCCUGCCCAUCGCGCGCGACGCGCCCUCCUCCAGCUCGUGCCGCGCACCAACGACCACCCCACCCUCCGACUGCUCAACGUACGCCGCGUCCCUCCGCGCCUCGACGUUCAACGCCGCGAACAACCUCACAGCGUGGGGCGACCUGCUCGUCGCGCACGCCGACCUGGCGCCGAUCUGCGCCGCGCUGCUCUUCUGGCGGGCACACGAGGGCAACGUCACGAUCUUCGUGCCGCCCGAGGACGGGGGGGAGACGCUCGCGCUGUUGGCCAGCCAGCCGGAACUCAUCACCAACCUUUACACCGACGGCACGACGCGCUCCCUCGUCCCCGGACAAGACUUCAUCUAUGCCGGCUCCACGGUCGGCGGGACGACACGCACAGCGUCCGGGUUCGCCGUGCACCCCUGGCGGCGCGUCGUCGCGUCCUAUCCCGCCCCGCCGCCGUACGUGCGCGACUUUUUGACGUUCAGCGACGUGAACGGUACCGACGUCACGGCCGAGGUUAGGCUCGCGAAUAUCUGGCUCGGGAUGAAUGAUCGCGAGACUGGCAACGGGAACGCGAGCUACGUUUACGUGAGUGGUGUCGAGUGUGGAUGA